GCAAACCAUAUCCACUCUCAAGUCUUGGCAAUUCCACCCCACCACGAAGCCCCAAAACUUCGCCGUCACCCUAUGUACCUACCAUCGUUGACAUCUUGAACAUCCAAUAUUCAGUUUUCCGAUCAUGGCGACGAACAAAUUCAAAGCCGAUUACGCCAAUCUCUCAACACCGCCUGCUUGCGUGGCAGACUUUUGCCUAAUUCCGGUGAGUGAGGCUUAAUUUUUCCCACCAUCCUACCCACCACCCGUUACCCCGCCACGUUAAGCUGGUGGAACCCGAUGUUGUGGCUCAUGUUGUAACUCCACGAAUCUUCCCUCGGUUCUGUGGUAGGAGAUUGAGAGUGGUUUUGCUGACGAUGAGUAGAUUGGUACACCCACCGCAUCCGUGUCGAGUGAGAUUGCUGCUGUGCAGAGACUUAUGAAGGCUAGUGGGUUGGACUAUUCCAUGCAUAGUGCUGGAACGACCGUUGGUAUGAUGUGGAAUCUCACUUCAUUGUACUCCCACGCUGUACGUCGGGUUUUGAGGAUGAAUCGCCUGACAAAUCAUCGCUUGUAGAGGGCUCAUGGGAAGAUGUCAUGCGUGUUAUUGGUCAGGCACAUACACUCGUUCACGAAAAUGGGACUUUGAGGGUUCAGAGUGAUAUUCGAGUGGGAACUAGGUAAGCUUCAUCUUCCGAGACUCACGUUCUCUUUUGUUUCUUUCCGAAGCUGAUGGAAUAUAAAGGACCGAUAAGAAACAACAUUUCUCCGAAAAGGUCUCCAAGGUUGAGAGUAUUCUUGCUCAAGACUCGGAACCGGAACCGGAACGAACAAGGAAGAAAAGCUCAACAUUUGGAGUGGUCCAAGGAGCUUUUCAAAUUAUUCAGGGAGAUUCACAGAGUGAUGAUAGAUGAUUGUGGAAGGUGUCCAGAUGUUUGCUUUCAACCAGCAAGCCUUGCGGUACUGAGCCUAGUUUGAGAUCUUUCGGGAGG